UGGUAAUAUGGCGGUUGCGUUUCUCGGCUACACUGAUCCGGGGCUAAAAACUCGAUGCUCCGAUUUGACGCGGCACACUAUAAAUGCGACUAGCGACGGGCUAACAUGGCUCCUGGUAUUGAAAAAAGUGUAAAAUUUAAUCAAAUAGUGCGGUCGGAGUGCGUUUUCGUCGCGAAACCCAAUGUUAAGUUAAAACAUUGAGAAACAACGCCCCCCUAACGAACGCCUCUUCACGUUCUAAUAGUAUUCGCCACGCCGGAGACUGUUCGCCUCCCCCACCCAGGUGAGGAGGAGGAGGAGUGUGGGUGUUUUUUUGUGAUAGUGUUUGCGUGGAAAAUCAAUGUGUGCGUGCUGCAUCUGUGACGCUGCUGCGAAAAAAACAGACCACCCCCUGCGCCCGCCACGCCCAGCCGCAUCGAUUGUACAGUUUCAGAGAGCAAACAAAUCAAUUAGAAAAUGCAGAACGCCUGAGCUCAGCAGGGAAAGGAGGCGAGCGCAACCAUUGCCAAAGAUUAGUUACUAGAGUAGGCCGGUCUCUCAGAUCGGAAAAUCACAAAGCGUAUCACAAAUCAUCAUUAAAAAAUGACAUCUCGCCUUGAUCGACUUUUCAUCCUACUGGAAUCAGGAUCCACAGCAGCCACCCGCCAGGCGGCCGCCAAGCAGAUUGGGGAGGUACAGAAGCUGUAUCCCCAUGAGUUGCACUCACUGCUCAAUCGCCUGGUGGGCUACCUGCACAGCACGUCCUGGGAGACGCGCAUAGCAGCUGCCCAGACCGUGGAGGCCAUCCUGAAACAGGUCCCUCAAUGGCAGCCCGAGCUGCAAGUGCCGCCCAAGAAGGAGCCAUCCACCACUGGCGCUAGUGCGGCUUUGGAGGAGGAUAGCUGUCAGUCCAGUGGCUCCAACUCGACCACGGCCAGUGAACGUCUGCUGAGCUUCGAUGAGUUCGAUCUGCAGCAGAUCCUGCACAAGGGAGCCCGUCUCAUCGGCUCCGAGGGCAACGAGUUCGAUGUGCAGGAGGAGCAGCCGGCCAGCGGUGGCGGAGCCGAGGAACAAAGUCUAGCCAGUCGCCUAAGCCGCCAGCGGGCGGUCUUGAACGACAAACUGGGCCUCACCACAGCCGCCAAGCUGGGCGUCAAUCUCACAGACAUGAUCACCGACGAGGAUGUCGCCCUCUCCAGGAGCGGCGCCAGCUACAAUGUCAACGCUGAAAAGCUGCCCGUGGAGCACAUCCUGAACAUAAAGUCAUCCAACGGAGCUGGAUCCGGCCAGGCCCAGCUCAGUUGCCGGGAGAUGAACCGGGCCAAGCGCAAGGCUCGCCAAAACACUUCCGCCGCUGCCAGUUCCGUGGUCACCCCCACCUGCAGUAGACGCAACUCGAACAGCAACCACAGUACAGGGAGUAACCACAGCAAUAAUGGCGCAAUCACCCAAACCAGCCUAGAUGAACCGGAAAAGAAGAAGUUGAAAGCCAGCGAGCGCCAGGAAAUCUUCUACAGCCUGAAUUCUGCCGUUCCUGAUGCCACUGGAACCUGGGUGGAUGCCGUCUCCUGGCCCUUGGAGAACUUUUGUGCCCGCUUGUUCAUUGAUCUCUUUCACGCCAAAUGGGAGGUGCGCCAUGGAGCCGCCACUGCACUGCGAGAGCUAAUCAACCAGCAUGCCCAGGGCGCUGGCAAGUCGGUUCAGCAGAACCGUGAGCAGAUGGAUGAAUCACACAGCCGAUGGCUGGAGGAUGCGGCACUGCGUCUGCUCUGCGUUUUGUGCCUGGACAGAUUCGGGGACUUUGUCUCGGAUCAGGUGGUGGCACCAGUUCGGGAGACCUGCGCUCAGGUUCUGGGCACAUUGGUUAAAGAGAUCGAGGCCACCAAGGUGCAACGGAUUGUAGAGAUCCUGCUGCAACUCAUCCAGCACAAGAACGAGUGGGAGGUCCGACACGGCGGGCUGCUCGGCCUGAAGUAUGUGUUCGUUGUGCGGGAGGAACUGCUCCCCAUUUACCUUCCCCUGUCCAUAUCGAACAUUUUGAUUGGAUUACUGGACGCUGUGGACGAUGUCGGAGCAGUGGCCGCUUCCACCUUAAUACCAGUGUCGUCCUGGUUACCCAAGCUCUUGAAUCCCAGCCAGGUCUCGUCCAUCGUAAAGAUGCUGUGGGACCUGCUGCUGGAUCAGGAUGAGCUCACCUCUGCCUGCAACAGCUUCAUGGGUCUUCUGGCGGCCAUUCUAUGUCUGCCCAAGGCGGCCAGCUGGGUGGAGAUGGAGCCCAUGGCUACGCUUGUGCCGCGCCUGUUUCCCUUUCUAUCGCACAGCACCAGCUCGGUGCGAAGAUCCACACUGAAGACGCUGCUGACGCUCACCAGUGCCGAUAAGGUGAAGGUGGAAGUGAAGGAGGAGGGACAGCCUGGUCAGACCAAGAUGAAGCUAAACUUCGGGGUCAGUGAAUGGAAGUGGCAGUUGCUGCAACAGGCAUUGCGGCACAUAUACCAGCGCAUCCUGGUGGAACCGCAGGCGGAGAUUCAGUCACUGGCCCGCCAGGUGUGGUCCAAUCUCAUCGAGCAUGCGGAUCUAGGCGCCCUCUUGCACGCCGCCUGUCCGUAUGUGUCUUCGUGGAUCUGCCUGUCCAUGCAGCCGCCCAGACUUGCCUUUGACUCGACUGUUCUUAUCCGAGCUGGCGGGGAUUCGGGGAGCACCUCGCGCAAGAAAACUGCCCGCAUUGGAGAUGACUUGGGAGGCGCCAUCUUGGCCCACACAAACGCCACACUGAAGCUGUACCUGGGUGGCAGUGAAGCUACGCCCUUGGAAGUGCGCGAGGCGAACUUCAUGCGAGCCAGGAUCGCCUCCUCUCGGUCUUUGGGGGCCCUCUCCCAUUAUCUUGUGCAACCUGCCCCCGGAGUGGUGUACACCCCGCAGACCGAAAGCCCCACGGAUUGCUACACGAAGGUGCUGCUGGUCCACCUGAAUGCUCACUCUGCUGUGCAAAGGAUAGUAUGCGGACUGAUAAUAGCCUUUUGGGCUUUGGAGGAUGAGCCGGUGCGCCCCGGGCCGCCGAAUCUGCAGGAGAAGCUCCACCAGUGCGUUAGCGAGUACAUCUACUACGAUGAGGUUGCCGUCUCACUGACUCGUCUGCUGCAGGAGGCCCAGGACUUCAUCGCCACUCUGAAGCAAAACAAGAUUCCCAUCAACGACUUCAACAACGCCAAGAUACUGACCCUUGAUCAGAUCGAAGCUGUGGCCACCAAGCUCACAGAGAACCUGCGAGAUUAUCCCCUAAAGCCGAAGUCGUUGGACUUACUGGAAGAGCGGCGAAGAAGUCUGCAGGCCUCCUAUCAGCAGACGACCAGUGAGCAGGGAGCCUAUCAUGUCAGUGCCCAGGCGGCACUCGCCGGCGCCAUCUGCGCCCUUCACUGCCUACCGGAGAAACUGAAUCCAGUGGUCAAGCCCCUGAUGGAGUCCAUCAAGCGGGAACAGUGCCUCCAGCUGCAACAGCUCUCUGCUGAGUUUCUGGUGCACUUGAUGGACCAGGUCUGUGAUAGAAAUCCUAGUCCCAACAGCAAGAUAUUGAACAAUCUCUGUACGCUUUUGAGGAGCGAUGGGGAGCACACGCCCAAGCUGGUCAUGCCCCAGCACACUCUCCAGCAGACUCCACCCUCGCCAGGAGUGACCAACAGUUGUGUCUAUUACGGAAUAUUGACGCUGGCACUGCAGCAGGCAGUGACUCCGACUAGUACCAGAGGAGGAGGGGCUGGAGCAGUCACCCCAACAGCCACCACAGUAGCUCGUGGUCCCGGACGACCGCCGGCAAGUGAGAUUCUAGCUGCUGCCUCUGCAGUGGCUGCCAAUUUAGAUUUAAAGGCGCAACAGGCGAAGGAGGCGGAAGCCAAGCAAUGCCGAAUCCAGCGCCUGGGAGCCACAAGUGCCAUAGAGAAGCUGUGCAGCACCUUUGGGGAGCACAUCGUCGACAAGGUGUCGGUUUUCCAGCAGCUGAUGUUCGGAAAAGUAACGCAGUUUGUAAAGGAAACGGACGAGCACCAGCUGGCCAACACUCUACCGGAACUAGGAGCCUGUACAGAGCUGAUCAGCUCCCUGCAGCUGAUAGAGACAGCUGCUCCACAUCUUCAUGUGGCCCUACAUCCGCAAAUGUUUGCCCUGCUGCCCUCCUUGGGUUUCAUUGUGCGACAUCCUCUGAAAUCAGUGCGUCACAUGGCUGCCAGAUGUAUCGCUGUGCUGGCGGAGAUCGACGCCUGUCAGACGAUGCAGUUCGUGGUCCAGGAGUUGGUGCCACAGCUGGGCAAGAUCGAGCACCUUAUCGAACGCCAGGGUGCAAUGGAAGCCAUCGAACGAGUAGUGAGCCGGCUGCAGAUCAAGGUGGUUCCGUAUAUUGUGCUCCUGGUGGUGCCUCUGCUGGGAGCCAUGAGCGAUCCGGAUGAAUCGGUUCGCCUGCUUUCCACCCAUUGCUUCGCCAAUCUUGUCCAGCUGAUGCCACUGGACGGCAAGGCAGAGCAGCUUAAGAGCGAGCCCCUACAGGCUCAAAAAACGAGGGAUCGCGAGUUCCUUGACUAUCUGUUCCACCCAAAGAGCAUACCGGACUACAGGGUGCCGGUCAGAAUCAGUGUAGAGCUGCGCAGCUACCAGCAGGCCGGCAUCAACUGGCUGUGGUUCCUCAACAAGUACAAUCUGCACGGAAUCCUCUGCGACGACAUGGGCCUGGGCAAGACCCUGCAGACCAUCUGCAUUCUGGCCGGCGAUCACUUGCAGCGAAUAAAAUCCAAGCAGGCCGACUUGCCCAGCUUGGUCAUCUGUCCACCGACCCUCACCGGCCAUUGGGUUUACGAGGUGGACAAGUUCCUGGCGGAGGGCUCUGUCCUGCGUCCGCUGCACUACUACGGCUUUCCGGUGGGCCGCGAAAAGCUGCGCAGCGAGAUCGGAACCAACUGCAACCUAGUGGUGGCCUCGUAUGACACCGUUCGCAAGGACAUUGACUUCUUCAGUGGCAUCCACUUCAAUUACGUCGUUCUGGACGAAGGCCACAUCAUAAAGAACGGCAAGACGAAGAGCUCCAAAGCCAUCAAACGUCUGAAAGCCAACCACAGACUCAUCCUCUCUGGUACACCCAUCCAGAACAAUGUGCUGGAGCUGUGGUCGCUGUUCGACUUCCUAAUGCCGGGGUUCCUCGGCACUGAGAAGCAGUUCGUACAGCGCUUCUCUCGCCCAAUCCUAGCUUCACGCGACGCCAAGAGUUCGCCCAAGGAACAGGAAGCCGGGGUCCUUGCCAUGGAAGCUUUGCACCGGCAGGUGUUGCCCUUCCUCUUGCGACGCGUCAAAGAGGAUGUGCUUAAGGACCUGCCACCAAAGAUCACACAGGAUCUGCUCUGUGAACUGAGUCCCCUGCAGCUCCGCCUCUAUGAAGACUUUAGCAAUAAGCACUUGAAAGACUGUUUGGAAAAGUUGGGCGACUCGCCUGCAUCGUCAAUGGUGGCGGAGAAUCUGGGUGCCAAGACGCACAUUUUCCAGGCGCUUCGCUACCUACAGAACGUGUGCAAUCAUCCCAAGCUUGUGCUGCGCCAGUCUGAGGACUUGGCCCGGGUAUCUGCCCAGUUGGCGCAAUCAAACAGCUCCUUGGACGAUAUCGAGCACUCAGCUAAGCUUCCUGCCUUGAAGCAACUGCUCCUCGACUGCGGCAUCGGCGUGCAAACCGAGUCUGUUAGUCAGCAUAGGGCCUUAAUCUUCUGCCAACUGAAGGCUAUGUUGGACAUCGUGGAGCACGACUUGCUGCGACGACACCUGCCCAGUGUCACCUACCUAAGGCUGGACGGCAGUGUGCCUGCCUCCCAGAGGCAGGAUAUAGUCAACAAUUUCAACAGCGAUCCCAGUAUUGAUGUGCUGCUCCUGACCACACUGGUUGGAGGCUUGGGUCUUAAUUUGACUGGCGCCGAUACUGUGAUCUUUGUGGAGCACGACUGGAACCCCAUGAAGGAUCUGCAGGCUAUGGAUCGAGCUCACCGCAUUGGCCAAAAGAAGGUGGUCAAUGUCUAUCGGCUAAUCACACGCAACUCGCUGGAGGAGAAGAUCAUGGGUCUGCAGAAGUUCAAGAUUCUCACCGCCAACACGGUGGUCAGCGCGGAGAAUGCAUCGCUGCAGACCAUGGGAACUUCGCAGAUCUUUGAUCUUUUCAACGGAGGCAACGGCAACGGCCAGGGCACAUCCACGGCUGGAUCUUCUACGGGUUCGGGACCCAUGUCUAUGAACACAAUCAUUGAGAACUUGCCGGAGCUGUGGUCCGAGCACCAGUACGAGGAGGAGUACGAUCUGGGCAACUUUGUGCAGGCACUGAAAAAGUAGACAACCGCUUCCCACUCCAAGACUUCCAGUAACACGUUCUGACUUAGGCUAGGCUAGAAAUGAAUUGGAAAUUAUUAUUUUCCGAUGGCAUUUCGAAAUGAUUUCUUCUGUUCCUUUAUAAUUGCAAACAGGAAACUUUUAGUAAUAAAAAAUAAAACAUUUUGAAACCUAAAA